UUAUAGUAUUGCUGCAUCCGUCGUCCGUCAAGAUAGGUCCCCCACCGAACCGAAGUGAGUUUGGGCCGCAGUGAAGUGAUCGAUCGAAAACCCCCGGUGCCGCGAUGGCGUCCACACUGAUGUUCUGGAACAAGCAGAACUCCAGCAACCAAAACGGAAACGAUGCCAAGAACACAAAGAACGGCCGCAACUGGCUGCACGCCCCGGACGUGCUGGUCAACGGCCAUGUCGCUUAUCUAGUCAAAUUCCUCGGAUCUACCCCAGUCGAGCAGGCCAAGGGCAUCGAAGUGGUCAAGGAAGCCAUCCGGAGGUUGCAAUUCACACAGCAGAUGAAGAAGGCGGAAGGAGGCAGUAAUGUUAAGACGAAAAAGGUCGAAAUUACCAUCAGCGUGGAUGGCGUUGCAAUACAGGAACCCCGCACCCAGACGAUCCUGCAUCAGUUCCCGCUGCACAAAAUCUCCUACUGUGCCGACGAGAAGGGAGUGAAAAAGUUCUUCAGCUUUAUUGCCAAAACCGGGUCCGGUUCGGCGACGCCAUCGCUGAGUGCCAGUGACGAUACGCAUUCGUCCCAUUCGGGUGAUCAUCAGCACAACCAGCAGGGAGGGCAGGAUAGUGGCCAGCACGAGUGCUUCGUGUUCAUCUCGAACAAGCUGGCGUCGGACAUCACGCUCACGAUCGGGCAGGCAUUCGAUCUGGCCUACAGGCGUUACGUGAACGACAGCGGCAAGACCGUCGAGUCGAGCAAGCUACACACGCAGAACAAACAACUGGAAAGCACAGUGAACGCGUAUCGCCAACGGUUGAAGGACCUCUCAGAGUUGGUGCCCAAGCAGGACUUGGACAAACUGCUGCUGAGGCUUGGCCUGCGGGACAUCUGUGAGGUCCCGGCGGUGGAGAAUGGCAUCGAUAGCCACGUGGCCGCCGUCAACGGUAGCAAGACGCCGGAUUUGGGCAUUGAUGUAUCGUUACCAAACAAUGACGAUCAACUGCUGAUCGAAACUUCACCGAAGCACUUUGCUCCGAUCGUCCCGCCGCGGAACAUUCAGAACCAGAUUAACAGCACACUGGAGGCGUUCAAGCCCUCGGUAGGUACCAAGAUGGAGGGCCUACUGCUGAACUCGGAUUCGGACAGUGAUUUCGAUCCGCGGGCACCGGACAACGACAGUCCAUCGAUCGGAGGCAACAAGAUCAGCAACGAUCUGUUCGGAUUCGAACCGCCGAAGCAGAGUCUGGGCCAACAGCUGUUCACCAGCGCGAACAACAACAAUAACAACAACCAUACCGGUUUUACCAACGGUAACAAUGGAACCACAAAUGGAUUCGGUGCUCCCACAAGUCCUCCUCCGAUUUUGGCUCCUCCACCGCAGAAAUCUGCCCCACGAAGGACAACCCCAGCGCACCAGAACAAUGGCAACGGAUACCAGGACUUGUUCGGGUCGGCGCCGUUCAACCCACAGGCACUUGAUGACACAUCCUUCGACAAUUCCUUCGACGAGUCGGCAUUUUCGGUAAACUGCAACUCCACCACCCUAUCGGCGGUCAGUUCCUUCUCCGAGGAGAUGCGAAUCCUGGCCGACAAUUCGUCCAAACUGAACAGCGUCCUAGCGUUGAACAAUAGUCUUCGCAGUGGUCCAUCGACGCUCCCGACGACCACUUCGCUGAACCAUAUUCCCAACGGUCCGUCGUCGACCGGGCAACCGGUCACCAAGCUGAACCCCUUCGCCACGUUGGCCGCUCCGGCCAAGAGUAUGCUCCGCGCCAAUCCGCUGGCCACGGUCAUCAGCGGGCACAGUUCGUACGAUGUGUUCCAGAACGCGCCGGACGGGGACACGCUAACCGACCACAUCCAAAAACGGCUUAUUUAGCUCGGACGACCUGCUGGACACGUUCGAUCCGCUGAAAAAGUGAUGAACCGUGUCUUCCUGCUAAAUCCGGAACAUCCCUCCGGGGCCCGCCGUCUGCUCCACUUCCGAGCGCACGCCGACCAUCCCUCACCGGUUUCUUGUUUUGUCUCUAUUUUUGGUCCAAUUUUGUUUCUUCGGUGGAAUCCGGGCGAAUUGUAUCACAUUCCAAAUGAAUCUCACUCCCCCUACCCCCACUAGCCAUGAAUUAAAAAUCUCCAUAAAAGUGAAUCUCACACCAAUCGGAGUCCUUGCAUCCUCUCGCGUCGUCGUGGUCGGUAAGAAAAAUUGUCCGCUGGGCACAAACGCGGAACGGGAACGGGGAUCUUUAUUAAUUAGGGCACUAUAAAUAAUCACCUUUUACCUAGGGAAACUAUUUAGCGAGGAGAGGAUUACAGCAAUCGAAAUGGGGAGAUUUGUUUUUCUGUGACAGAGUUUAUAAGUGGAAGGUUGAAGAAUUUGGUUUUUGUAGAUGGAUAGAUUUUUUUGGCGGUCACGUGCUCUUCUGGAGUGCAACACAUGGUCCAUACUGAUAAGUAUUAAAAAGCGGAAUCCGAUCAAGAUUGAAGUCAUAUUAAAAACCUUUAUGAAGCAAGCCAACCUUGUGGUGUUUUAUCCCCUCAUAACAAAUGUGAUAAGCAAAUAGCAAAGUGAGACAGCAGAGAGCAAACCGCGGAAGAUUCUUUCAAAAAAUCAAGUGCCGUCACUUUGUGAAUAAAACAACCAGAGCAUUCCAUUCAGUGUACGAGGUGCAGCAAGCCGUUAACUUGAAUGCAAGUUUACCGCCGAUGAAAGCGCGCAUCCCUCUACCGGCGGCUAGUUGAAGCUCUAAGCGGUAUGCGAUACAGUCCGUAGCCCGGCCGUCUCAGCUGCGUCGGAUCCGUGUAUGUGUCGAUGGUGCUAAUGGGAAAAUGUUUGCAAAAUUUAUUGGUUACUUUGCUUAGCCCAAAUUGGAACGGAUUUGAAAAACUUAGAAGUGAUUUAUUUUAUUGUACGUAACUCUAAUACGUACACUGUAGAUUAGAACCAUUUACCUUUAUUUUUUGCAUUGCCCCAUAUUUUUCUAUAUUUUUCCACCCACUACUGCAUUGUGAAUGUUAUAGUGAAAGUUAACGUAUUUUUUUUUUGUUUAGAGAAUAAAAUUAAUAUAUUUCUGUCAUGUAUGUACACUAUGUAUGAAUAACUGAGUAAAACCGAAGGAAAAAAGAGACAAGAUGAAGGAUAUAUUUUCUCCUGCCUGAGGAUUAUAUUAUGUACUAGGAAUAUUGAAAGUACGCAAUAAAAUGUAAUCAAGUAAAUAUUAUUUGUAGAUUCAUUGUUAUUCUAGUUAUAGAUACCGAUUAGCGAUGAUAUUGUGAGCAAUAUGAUCAAUAAAAACUGAAUAUACAAA